AUAAUAAUAACAAUACCGAAUAUGUAACAUGUACAUUACUUAUGAUAUAGUCCAGGAGCGCUUAUAACGUUAAGAAAUCGCUAUUAGCGAUUAAAAUUUUACAAAGCUAUAAGUUAAUUUUUUAAGCGAUCCGUGAAGAAGUCAAUUCUCAAUUAUCUCACCCCAUACGAUAUCUCAUUACAUCGGUAUCGAAUGAAAAAACAGGAAUGUUAACGGAACGUAAAGAUGUCAUAUCAAUGAAAUUAAUACGCGAUGUUAUAAAGCGACUGCUAUGCUACGCAAGCAAAUCAACAUCAAAUUUAUGUAUGUACGUACUACAUGUAUGUAUGUACACGCGAGAAUACAAAUGCUUUCUCAUCCGAAGUUGUAUCCCCGUGUGUACGAAAGGAAAACAACAAUGUCGUUUAUAUAAGCCAUAACAAUCAAUAAAAAGAAACAAACUGAAUAUAUCUAUCUUCUGAAAAAAAGGACUAUCGCGUUUCGGAUGAGAUGUCGAGUUGGCCAUGGAAAUAAGUUUGUUUAACAGUUUGACAAGGUAUACCUGAAAUAAUUUCUAUAAAAAAUCAUGACAACCGACGAUAUAUCGACUCACGACAUUGUACAAAUUCUCGAAAAGAAUGUGAACAUUCUCAAGUCGGAAGGUCACGGUCCAGACGUAGCUCUUGAAUUUCAUGACAAGUUCGAGUUGUUUCGUAAACUGUUGUGCAAUUUUACAGAUAAACUCCAGUCGUUAUUAUAUUUAUCUGAGAACUACACCUCCACGAGCGACUUUAAGCAAUUUAUAAACAGGAUUGUUGGUUCAUGGAACUCUAUUAAUGAGCAGGUCUGUAAAAAAUGUUCCAAGAUACAAGUGGGUAGUCGUACACUAUCGGGAAUACCGUUAUCAUUGCUCCUUGAAAAGAUAAAAAGAGAGAAAUCUUUAACAAGGGAGUUGUUGCACACCCAUGAGACCAAAUACAGUCGUGAAUAUCUCGCGAAAUGUUAUGUUUUGUUAAAUGAAACUGAAAAUUUAUUAUGUAAUCUCGAAAAAUCUGAUGAUAAGUUACGACAAUAUAUAGCUAUACUGAAGUUGAAUCCAUUCCUUGUUAAACUAGAAUCUGAUGUAGACACAUAUGUCUCAAAUAUUAACAUAUCACCAAUCGACAAAUCUAAAUGUCCAAAACUGGAUGUUUUUCCAAUUGUCGCAAAACUUCUCACCGGUGAGUUACUUGAUGACGAACCUAUAGACCCGUGUUGCGUUUUAGCAGAUAAUGUGCCUAGGAAACCAGUUUUCAUUAUUAAAAUAAAACACAAAAUGGAUCCAUCAAUGAUAGCCGAGGAAACAAUAUAAAUAUAUGAAGUUACA